AUGAAAAAAAAAAAUUUUACAGAAUUGGGAAAACGUACAGGAACUUAUGGAUCAGUUAAAGAAGCAGUAAAAAAAACCACAGGCCAUAAGUUUGCAAUUAAAGUUAUUGAGAAAAGUAAAGUAAGAAAUCAAGAAGAAAUAGUCUACAAAGAAAUGUAUAUAUUAUCCAAACUAGAUCAUCCCAAUAUUGUGAAGUUUUAUGAUUGGUUUGAAUCAAGAAAUAGAUACUACCUAGUAUUUGAACUUGCAACAGGUGGAGAAUUAUUUGAAAGAUUAAUGAAGAUUGGCAAAUUUACAGAAUCUGAUGCUAUAGAAAUUGUCAAGACCAUACUUGGGGCCGUCAAAUAUCUUCAUGAACAUAAUGUUGUUCAUCGAGUUAUAGAAAAUGAAGAUGAUAUUAUGUUCACUCAUUGUGGAUCUUAUGUGUAUGCAGCACCAGAAAUUCAUCAAAGAAUCCCAUAUUCAAGAUCAGUUGAUAUUUGGAGUAUUGGAAUCAUAACUUAUUAUUUAUUAUGUGGUUAUCCACCAUUUCGUUCUGAGAAUCGAGCAGCGCUUUUAGAAGAAGUAACAAAAGCACAUGUGAAGUUUGAGGAACGUUAUUGGGGACUUGUAUCAGAAAACGCCAAGGAUUUUAUUCUUUAUUUAUUAAAAUCAGAUCCAAAAAAGCGACCUACAGCAGAGGAAGCAUUAAAACAUAAAUGGUUGACAGGCAGAAGUGCAUCAGAUGUAAAUUUAUUUGGAGAUAUUAUGAAAAAUUUCAAUGCUCGUAAAAAAUUUCGCGAAGCAGUUGAAGCAAUAAAAGCAGAAAAUAGACUUAAAAAGGCUAAUAAUAACAAAGAAAUAAAAAGAUUUAGCAGCGAUUUUGAGAAUGAAGAUGAUAGUAGUGGUGACAAUAAUUUGAUAAAAGGAGGCCAUAAAAACAAUAAACAAUUUUUUGAAUGA